AUGGCCGCCGCCGAUGUGCGCGACAUGCUGGAUUUGCCCGCAGAGGGGCAGCCUCGACCUCACAAGAAGCAAAAGGUCGUGGAGAAGAGGCCAGGUUGGUUUGGCUCUGUAUUGGACAUUCAGAAGUAUAUGGAUGCUAAUAAUCAUGAUGCUACAGAGGGAAUAACUCGCGAACUCUACGCGCUCCUCGGCGAAAGGGCGCCCCCGAUCGCUAUCAACGAGAACAGAUACAAGGGACGGCCGAAAUGGAUGAACAAACUCAGAGUCCGCCCAUGGCAAAUAGCUCCCUUCACCAACGAUGCUCGAUCUGAUGGCCUUGUUCUACGUCACUGGCAACGCCGACCAGAAGCCACAACGGCACAAGCCCCCGAGGGCCCUUCGGAGAUGGAAGUCGACGGAGCGAAAGUGGAGGAUGGAGCUGUGAAGCCAGCGGAUCAAACAUAUUCGUUCGCAAAAUACAACGUCAAAGCACAGGUACCAAGGCGCUACACCGACGAGGAAUACAACCGACAUUUAAAGAACGAUGACUGGUCGCGGCAAGAGACAGACUACUUGAUGGAUUUGGUAGAGGAGUACGACUUGCGGUGGGUUGUGAUUGCUGAUCGAUACGACUUUCAUCCUCAGCCUGCGGACUCGGAAUCUAAUGCAACCGCGCUUGUCCCGGCUAAACGAUAUCGAACAAUGGAGCAGAUGAAGGCACGAUACUACUUCAUUGCUGCAUCGAUGCUGGCACUUGAGCAUCCCCCGUCGGAGAUGUCCGAAGCGGAAUUCGACCUACACGAGAAGAUGAUGAAGUUCGAUCCGGACCGCGAGCGGGCGCGCAAGGAGCUUGCCGCGCUGCAACUGAACCGCUCCGCCGACGAAGUGCGCGAAGAAGGCAUCUUGCUGGAGGAACUUAAGCGGAUCACAUCGAACGAGCAGAACUUUAUCACCGAGCGCAGAGAGCUCUAUUCCAGACUCGAAGUGCCUGUCAGCGUCGGCAAUACCACCAUGUACCAGUCUAGCCAGGGCCUAUCCCAGCUGCUCCAAACGCUCCUCCAAGCGGACAAGAGCAAAAAGCGACGCUCCAUUCUCGGGCCCGAGGGCGCCGCACCGAGCCCUGCAGGGCAAACCCCCACGUCCAACGCCCCGACCAGCGCGCGCGACAGCCGCGCAGAUACCCCCAGCAACGCCGCCGCCGCGCCAACCAACAAAAAGGCAUCCAAUGCAGCGGCUGCCGCCGCAGCCGCAGCCGCAUCAACAGCCGCCUCGUCCGCCGCGGCCGCCAAAGAGCCACAGCACACCGUCAAGACGCUCACGGCAGCCGAAGAAGCCCGGUACGGCGUGCAGCACCACGACCGCCUCGCCCCCGGCGUGCAAUUCCGCAGCGACCGCGCCCAGAAACUCACACAGGCCAAGUCCAACGUGCAGUCGCAGAAACUGGCCGCCGCGCUGGCGGAGCUGGAGAUCCCGCCGCGGCUGGUCAUGCCCACGGAGCGUGUGUGCAAGGAGUUCGAGCGGCUCAUCCACUCGGUCAACCUGCUGCUGGAUGCGCGCAAGGUGUCGGAGAAGGUCGAGAGCGAGAUCCGCGUCCUAGAGUCUGCUAGGGAGGAGCGAGAGCGGAAGACGAAGGAGUCCAAGGAGAAGGAGAAGCCCGAGGUCAAAGCCGAAGAGUCUGAAGAGACGGCUGGUGGUGAGAAUGCUCAUGCAGCCUCAUCGAUGGGCUCGAUCAAAACCUCCGGCUCAGGGGACGAGAAGACCGGGCCGGCCGCUGAGACAGGCCAACAAGGUGCUGAUGCGGAUGCCGGGGAUCCGGAACACGAGGGUGCGCCUCACAAGCGCUCCGCGAGCGUGUUAAGCAAUGGGAGUGAUAAGAGCACGAAGCGGCAAAAGAAGUAA